AUGUGUGAGCGCAGUCUUUACAGAGCGGGCUAUGUGGGCUCGCUGCUGAAUCUGCAGUCUCCCGACUCCUUCUACUUCUCCAACCUGCGGCCGAAUGGAGGCCAGCUGGCCGCGCUUCCCCCCAUCUCAUACCCGCGCGGCGCGCUGCCCUGGGCGCGGCCGCCCUUUGCCCCCGAGUCUAGCCUGGCCCCCGCGGCCGCUGGUCUCAAAUCGGCCAAGUACGACUACGCGGGUGUGGGCCGCGCCGCGCCGGGCUCGGCGGCCCUGCUUGAGGGGACCCCCUGCGCCGCCGGCUUCAAGGACGACGCCAAGGGCCCGCUCAACUUGAACAUGACAGUGCAGGCAGCGGGCGUCGCAUCUUGCCUGCGACCUUCGCUGCCCGACGGCCUGCCGUGGGGGGCGGCCCCUGGGAGGGCCCGCAAGAAGCGGAAACCCUACACCAAGCAGCAGAUUGCAGAGCUGGAGAACGAAUUCCUCCUGAACGAAUUCAUCAACCGGCAGAAGCGCAAGGAAUUGUCCAACAGGCUGAACCUCAGCGACCAGCAGGUCAAAAUCUGGUUCCAGAAUCGUCGUAUGAAGAAGAAGCGCGUGGUGCUGCGCGAGCAGGCGCUGGCGCUGUACUAG